UAUAGGGCACAGCAGCCUCGUUAGGACAGGAGGCCACUGUACCCAGCGUUGCCUCCUCCCUGAAGCCGGAGAACCCCCGCUGCCGCCGGAAAGGAGUUCAACUCGCCACCUCCCCGACCUCCUCGCCUCAUCCUCGACCUACUCCAUCUGAGCCUGAGAAAGCUGCAGCGACCACCACAACAAGAAGGGGCAUUUAAACUUGUUGAAAAUGGAUAAGAGUUGGAUGGAGGAGGACAGACCCAACCAAAAAUACAUUGAUGGUGUAAAAGGAUUUAUACAAUUUGCUUUUACCCAUGCCUCAGCAAAAGGGAACUCAAUAUUAUGUCCUUGCAAGAACUGCUUAAAUAUCUAUUGGCUUGAAGCUAGUAUUGUGAAGGAGCAUUUGAUAUGUGAAGGGUUUGUUAGUGGGAAUAGAACAUGGGAUAUCAUGGGGAGGCAUCAUCACCUCUUUCACCUGUUAGGGAUGCUGAUAUAGAGCAAUGUGAUGAAGAAGUAGAGGAGGGGGUGAUUUAGAAGAAGAUUGAAUUAGCUGGAAUGAUUAGAGACAUGAGACAUGAUUUUGGUGAUUUGAGCAAUAAUGAAGAUGAUGGGGGUCAUCAUGCUGACGAAAGUGACCCUUUUCAGCAGUUAGCAGGUGAUGCAGCAGAAGAACUAUAUCCAGGUUGCACCUGUUUCUCAAAGCUUCGUUUUGUUGUGAGAUUACUCCACAUCAAAUCUCUUGGAGGGUGGAGUGAUAAGAGUUUUAAUAUACUGUUAGAGUUGCUGACAAAAGCCUUUCCUGAAGGGCCGAAGUUACCUAAAAACUUUUACGAAGCUAAAAAGAUGACAAGAUGCCUUAGGCUUGAUUAUGUUAGCAUCCAUGCAUGUGAUAAUGACUACAUCUUGUUUUGGAAGGAGCAUGCAAAUGCUGAUUCUUGCCCUACCUGCAAAGCCUCUCACUGGAAAACUGAACAGAAGAGACCUCAUGGGAGACAAGGACACAAAACCCCGGUGAAGGUUCUACGCUAUUUCCCAAUAACAAAAAGGUUGUAGAGACUGUUCAUUAUGGAAAAGAGUGCAAAAGACUGCAUGUGGCACGCCGAUGAUCGUACAAAAGAUGGGCUUCUAAGACAUCCAGCAGAUUCUCCUGCUUGGAAGCAUUUUGAUGCCAUACACACUGACUUUUCCAAAGAUAGUCGCAACCCGAAGUUGAUUAUCACAUCUGAUGGCUUUAAUCCUUUUAGGAUGAUGAAUUCUACCUAUAGUAUAUGGCCAGUUAUUGCAAUUCCAAUAAAUCUUCCUCCUUGGUUCUGCAUGAAGCAACCAAACUUCAUCCUAUCAUUGUUGAUUCCUGGCCCAAAGUCACCUGGGAAAGAUAUAGAUGUUUAUCUCGAGCCACUUGUUAAUGAGCUAGAUUCUCUUUUUGAGAAGGGAGUCCGAACAUAUGAUGCCUUCAAGAAAGAGCACUUUCAGUUGCAUGUUGUUGUUCACUCAACUAUUAGUGACCUCCCAGGUUUAGCCACUCUAGCCGGAGUUGCCACCUCUGGUGAGCAUGGUUGUCCCAAGUGCCACUUACUUACUUGCUCAUUCUGGCUGACCAAAGGCAAGAAAACCUGCUAUAUGGAUCACUGUAGGUUCUUAGGUCCAAACCACAGAUAUAGAACAAUGGAUAAGGCAUUUUUUAACGGCAAGGUGGAAUCUAGGACAGCCCCUGAUCCACUUACCGGAGAUCAAGUGAAUUCCCUUACAGAGAACAUUCAUACUGUAUUUGGAAAAGACCCUAAAGGAAAACAAACCAUAAGAAAACGUAAGCGUGGCGAUCCACCCCAAAUUUUCAAAAGGAGAUCCAUUUGGUUUAAGUUUCGCUAUUGGAAAGACUUGUUGCAGCCUCAUAAUAUUGAUGCCAUGCACAUUGAAAAGAAUGUGUGUGAUAACAUAAUGAACACACUACUGGGCAUCGACGGGAAAACAAAAGAUAGUAUUAACUCUAGUCAAGACCUUCAGUUGCUUGGAAUAAGGAAGGAUCUUCAUCCUGUUCCAGUUGGCAAGGAUACAUUUGAUUUGCCUCCUGCCCCAUACUCAAUGAACCCUAAGCUGAGGAAGCUAUUUUGUCAAGUUUUGAAAGAAGCCAGGCUCCCAUAUGGUUAUGUGUCCGACAUACGAAGGAAUGUCAAUGUUAAGAAGAAGAAGAUUAUUGGGUUGAAGAGCCAUGACUGCCAUAUUCUGUCGCAAAAAAAAAAAAAAAAUUGUUUCCACUAGCAGUUAGGAAAACAUUGCCGGAGGGAGUUAGUGCUGCAUUGAUCCGUGUGAGUAAUUUUUUCAAGAAAAUAUAUUCUCCGGUCAUUUGUAUAAGUGAUAUGGAGAAGCUAGAGGAAGAAAUAGCAGAGACACUAUGCAUUCUUGAGACCAUAUUUCUACCAAGUUUCUUUGAUAUGAUGGUCCACCUUAUGGUUCAUCUUCCACUCCAAUUGAGGCUAGGGGGUCCAGUGAAGUACAGCAGCUUGUUCCCUACAGAAAGGUUUUUGUGCACCUUGAAGGGGCAUGUUCGUACCAAAAGCCAUCCUGAAGGGUCAAUUGCAGAGGGUUACAUUUUUUAUGAGUGUCUUAAUUUUUUCUCUCGCUAUUUAGAAGGAGUUGAAACCAUAUUUAGUAGAAAUGGCAUGAAUGAUGCUCCUGAGCCAGAGUCUAGUAGUAUGCCUUUCUUUAAGAGCAAUGGACAUUGUGUGGCUUCAAAGUGUACUGUUACCUUGGAUCAAAAGACAUGGCUUCCAGCACAUAGAUAUGUAUUGUUCAAUUAUGACAACAUAAUUCCAUACUUGAGCAAGCAUAAAGAGUAUUUACUCUCAAUUGGCUAUCAAAAUGCCUUGAUUGAAAAAAAUCAUCAUGAGAAGUUUCAUGAGUGGUUUAGGCUGCAUGUGGCAUAGCUAGUUGACAGCGGUGAAGAAGUUUCUGAAGAGAUCCAAAUUUUAGCUAAGGGCCCCUUAUUUGUGGCUAGGACAUGUGGUAGUUACACUAUUAAUGGGUACAAUUUCCAUACAAAUCUUAUGAUGAGGGUAGGCCUACCCAAAGCAGUGGGGUGGCUCUAGUUUCAACAGUGUCGUCUUCCUCCAAUGGAAGUAAAACAUACUGUGGUGCGAUUACUCAGAUUUUAGAUUUGGAUUAUGAUCAUAAGGGAAAUGUAGCAUUCUUCAAGUGUGAAUGGUCUGACAACCGUGUGCAAGACAAGUGGGUUAAAGUUGAUAGAUUUGGUAUCACAGAUGUGAACCUGAAGCAUGUAAUCCAAACAGGGGAUAAGUUGAGUGAUGAUGAACCAUUCAUUCUAGCAUCUCAAGCAACUCAAGUUUUCUAUGUUGAAGAUCCUCUUGCUCCAGAAUGGUUAGCUGUGAGACAACCGCCAUACCAACGAAACCUGUAUGAUAUGUUUGGCACUGGAAAUGGGAAUUCCGUGGAGGUGCAUAAUCUGGAUAGUAAUGCAACUCUCAGCAUUGAUCUUAGAGAGAUACCUCGUACUAGGACAGAUAUAGAUGGAGUACUUGUUCCUGCAAAAGAGAUGAAAAAGAAAAAGAAUGGAAAGAGGAAAAGGGUUAAGUAAAGAGGUGCAAGCAAUGGUUGAUAGAAGGAGGGAAGUGUUGGCAGAAAAUGCGGAGAAAUUAAAGUCUUUGGGGAUUGCUGGUAUUUCUGUUGAUCCUGUGAGACAAACAAAGAAGAAGGCGAUGACAAACUUCUUGAAGUGUCAUAGAGUUGUCGUGCCUGUUCCACAAUCAACACGAGUGCUUAGAUCCCGUUCAGCUGUAGCCGCCUCUGAUUAUAAUGAAGAUGAUGAAGAUAUGCUUGCUGGCCAAAAUGAAGAAGAUGAAGGUCUUGGUGGUUCGGGUGACCAAGAGACCGAGAAAAGUGGUCGAAAGCGCACUAGAAUGCACAAAGUGUAUGACAGAGCCAACAAACCACCAAUUCCAGUGUCAUUUUAUGAAAGAGGACAACCAGAUGGAGACAAUGCCUCAGAAUUUAGCAACUUCAUUUCAACCAUUGUCAAAACUCAUAUCCCUCUUUGACACGCAGACUGGAGACUAGUUGAUGUUGCAAAGAAGAGUGGUUUACUGACUACCUUGAAGAAAUAUUAUGUUGUUGACGACAAGCUUAAGGACUAUGUCGUGGGAAGUGCUCAUAAGAAAUGGCGAUAUUUCUAGGCAGAAUUGAAGCAAAAGUGUUUUAAGCCUGAACAAACUGAUGAGGAAAUCUAUGCUCUAGUUAAGGAGAAGGAUAGUAGAGUAAGCGUCGAUGAUAUGGAAUGGCUUGUCAAAUUUUGGAGAAGUGAACUAGCUGAGAGACGCAGUGAACAAGGGAAAAAGAAUCGAGAGUGCCAAAAGAUACUUCAUAGAACAGGAAGCAAGAGUCAUGCAUGUAUUACAACUGAAAUGGAACAAGAGAAAGGAUAUGCUCCUCGUAGAGAUGAAGUGUUUGUUAAAACACACAAGAAAAAAGAUGGAAGUGUUUUGAAUGCAGAAACGACAAAAGUAUUGAAGGACAUAGAUACUGCAAUUGAAGAACAUCCUGAGCUGUUAGAAAAAUCCAUCAAUCAAGGUGACAUCUUGACACAUGUACUAGGGAGUGAGCGAAAUGGCUAUGUUAGGGGCGUAGGAUUAGGACCGAGUGCCAGUUCUCUUGUUAUUCCAGGAGCUGCAAAUCUUAAAUCUACAAAGCUCCAAAUGGCACAGCUGGAAGCUGCAAAAGCUAGGUAAGAAAACGAAGCUCUGACGAAUGAUAUAGAGGAAAUAAGAGUUGAUACCAAAUCUCAGAUUGAUGCCAUGAUGGAAGAACUACAAAACAUGAAAAGUAUGCUAUCACAAUCUGUUGCUGGAAACAAUACCAUGCAUACUGCUAAUAAUGAAAUUGAACUUCACCCUCAAGUUAGUGUAGGAGACUAUUCAGACGCAUUAGAGAAUUCUGUUCAUGAUGUCGACAACAGUGCUGAGGAAGAUGUACUGAUGCAAGAGUUGAUGGAAGCACAAAGGAAAUUUCAAGAGAAGAAAGCAGAAGCAGAAUUGAUGAUUAGGAAGAAGAAGGAAGCAGCAGCCCAACGACUGAACAUUGCAGCAGAACUAGAAAGGAGGAAGGAGGAUGAGCUACUACUAAGGAUGGAGGAUGAGGUACUGCAGAAGAGGAAGGAGGAUGAGCUACUACAGAGGAUGGAGGAUGAGCUAUUGCAGAAGAGGAGAGAGGAUAAGCUACUUCAGAAGAGGAGGGAGGAUGAGCUAGUGAAGAAGAUGAAGGAGGAUGAGCUACUGCAGAAGAAGAAAGCAGAAGACCUGAUGCAAAAGAAAAAGGAACAAGGCUUGCAAAAGAAGAGGGAAACAAUAGCUACACAAAAGAAUAAUCUGGCAAAGAAGUGAUUUUGUACAAUAUUUACCAUGAUCAUGGUACACCUGUGGCAAAAGCUAUCAUUCUAUCAACUCAUAGGAAGAAGAUCGUAGGGGGUCAUGAGCUUGGCAAUGAAUGUUGUGAAAUUGUCGUCAACUACAUCAUCAAAAGAGAUGCCAUGUUGCCUUGCCCCAUUGGUAAUGUGACUAACAUUGGACAAGCUCAAGGAAGAGCUAUUGCCUGGCCAUAUAAACAUCUGGAGAUGGACAAGCCAAAGACAACGGCAUCGUCACCACCACAAGCAGGAAUCUCUCCCACGAGGUCCGCUCGAGUGGCCACCAGCCGUCAGUAAUGGAAUCGACAAGGUUAAUCAACAUUGCAAGAUGUUGCUCAUCAUCGCAAGACUCGAUGCUGCAUGGAAUCGAUGGCUUAGAAAUAUUUUGUUGUUGGGUGUGGGUGAUGUACUUUUGCACUGGAUGGAGUACUUGUAGUUCAUUUUCUUACGUGGAUGAAGAACUUCUGCACUGGAUGAAGUCAUCUCGACCAUGUUAAACUUGUGUGUGAUGCUAUUUGCGUUGCCUAUGUAUGAACACGUUAUGGCUUGAAAUGAAGUAUCUUGUCUGUGAUACUUGCAAUGAA